AUGGAAAUAACAAAUAACCAACAGAAAAGGAACUCCUCCUCCCAUCCCACGCACACCGCCUGCCUCCGCUCCCACACCGUCAUGUGCGCCUCCGCCACUCGCCGUAGACAGCCACCAGCCCUUGAUCAUCCAUCAUCCACGCCCCUGUCUAGCCUCUGGUGUUGGGAUCCCACUCGCCGCCUUGGCCCCAGCCACGCCCACUGUUGUGACCUGCUCUGGCUGCCACGGCUUCCCCCAACCACCGCGCCGCUACUAAAAAUUCCGCUCUGCUCCGCACGCCGCAGCUCUGCCGCCUUUGACCGCACGCUCCGCGCCUGA